UAUUAUCCAUCUGCGGGAAUUCCUGUCAACUCAACAUGAAGAGUACUCUGGUCGCUGUGUUCCUCUUGUUCGCUGCAUUUGCCAGCGCGGAUCAUGCUGAUCUCUACCUGGAACCUAUGAAGGAUCAAAUUCUAACGUGCGGAAAGGAAAAUGGUUUCACCGAGCAGACUCCGCGAGAGAUCUUCGACAAGGACGCCGCAAUGGGCUUGGACAAAGCUACGUGUCAUCGUGCUUGCACGAUGAAACUACUGAACAUACUGAAAGAUUCGAAGAUAGACGCGGACAAACUGAACAAUGUCAUCAAGAUGGUGCACGCCGACCAACCGGAAGUGGUUCAGAAGUUGCAAAAAUCUGGGGCCGAAUGCAUCGAAAAAGUGAAACCUGUAUCGGACGAAUGCAAAAUGGCGUAUGCCUUCGUCGACUGUUUCCUGGACAAACACUAGAAGUAAAUCAGAGGUGAUCGGCGUAGGUGUUCACUACGCCACAGUAAGAAAUAGAAAUA